UUAAUUCCUGACCACACCUAUUGUAGAUAUGGCAGUGCACUAUGACAAUCAGCAGGAGAGGCCCAGCGUCUUCUUUGAGGAGAUCGAGCGACCCUCCAUAAUUUCCUCAAAGUCACACAAAUCCAUGACCUCGUUGGCCAGUAUAGAGGAGGAUGUGGUCGAAGAGGAGAAGGGAAGAAAGUCCAGCGAAUGGGCAUUCCGUCCUUUGAAGAUAAAAUUCAAAAUGAAAGAAUUCGAGAAGAUAUACGACCGCUACGUCUACAGGCAGCAGCAGCAGCUACUCAUAUUCGUCUCUUGCCUUCUUUCUCUCAUUGCACUCAUCACACUCUUUGUUUUCUUGGGGGAGGAAAAGUAUUCUGAGAUUCCUGUUAGUGACGAAGCUCUUGAUGAAUGUACAAAUUUCAACAUAACUCUCAAUGAACAGCUUAUUAAAUACGGCUCUCUCCCUGAAGUACUGACUCUAUUAUUCUGUGCACUCCUCCUGGUUCUUGAAACACUAAUGGCAGUCAUUGACAAGAUAUCACGUCCAAGACUCACUAUCUACUCUAUCCUAACUUGGGUGGUGCUUGUCAUCCUAGUCGUCAUACUCUUCUCUGUUCAGCUCAGGCCCCAGCCCUCUGAUACACUUGACUAUGUCUCUCUAGUGGUCAUAUUCACGUACACCAUGAUACCAGUGUCCCUUCGCCUAUCCACUCUCAUGAGCAUAUUCUUUUGUUGCGGUUAUGUCAUUGUUGCUUCAGUCACAACCGCUGCUCUUGGGAAUGGCACUUCACUUAACAUCCUAAGAGAGUCUCUUAGUGUUAUUUUCCUCUUGGCCUCCCUGAACCUAAUGGGUGUUCUCUACAACUAUCUUGCCGACUUGGCACAAAGGCGCUCCUUCUCAGAGACCCAGAGAUACAUCAGAUCAGUUGCUCAAAUCGAAACACAGAAAGGAAAGAAACAACAAUUACUCUAUUCUGUUCUUCCUGGCCAUCUGGCUGAUGCUUUCCUGGAGGAGUACCUCUCCAGCCGGAGUGAAGCAAAGAGAAUGGACUUUCAUAAGUUUCAUGUAGCCAAUCACAGUAAUGUCAGUAUCCUCUUUGCUGAUAUUGUUGGAUUCACAAGACUCUCUUCAGGCUGCACUGCCAAGGACCUGGUAAAGAUACUCAAUGAGCUCUUUGGAAAGUUUGACCAGCAGGCAGCAAAUUAUUCCUGUCAUAGGAUAAAGAUAUUAGGUGAUUGUUACUACUGUGUUUCAGGACUGCUGGACGAUAGAGAGGAUCACGCUCGCUGUUGUGUACAGAUGGGCCUUGAUAUGAUUAAUGCUAUCAGGAGUGUUAAGGAAGCCACUGGAGUUGAUGUCAAUAUGAGGGUUGGCAUACAUUCAGGUCAUGUCAUAUCUGGCGUGCUUGGUCUGGUCAAGUGGCAGUUUGACGUGUGGUCUGAUGACGUGACACUGGCCAAUCACAUGGAAUCAGGAGGAAUACCGGGGCGUGUACACAUAUCCCAGGCUACAUUUGAUUAUCUUGAUGGUGAGUUUGACGUUGAGCCUGGGAACGGAGGAGAGAGGGACUCGUAUCUUAAAGAAAACAACGUCACCACCUACUUGAUCACAGAGAAGAGUGAUUCAGUAGUGCCAGCGAUCACUAAACCGCCACCAGUGGACUCACCUCUUACUCUAGCACCUCCUUCGCCAUUACCAAUGACACCUCUCUCUCCUGGGACAAGAGCACCGUCCAUGCUUGAUGCUCUUGCUGAACGAAGGUCAACUGCUCGUCGCUCAGAGAUCAACCCAAUAGUGAAGCAUCUCUCCAAGUGGGGGGCACAAGCUCCUUUUGCUGGCUUCAAUCAAGUCGAUGCUUUUGAUAACCCAACGGCCAAUCCACUAGUGACUGGUCUUGUUGCUCAAAUGGCCAUCAUACCCAGUGUCCUUGGAAGAGCUAAACUGUCUCCACUGGAUGAAGAUGCUGUGAAGAGGAUGAGCUCUAUGAUUGAUGCUGAGACUGCAAAUCGGAGCAGUAUACUUGCUGUCCCUCCUGAGAUUAAUCGAAUUUUCUUGACAUUUAAUUCAAAAAAAGAUAACAUCAAAUACUCAAAGAUCCCUGACAAGUUUUUCAAGUUUUAUCUUGCGUCCUCCUUUAUGGUCUUCACAGUCAUUUAUAUGAUACAGGCUCUUGUUCUUCCUCUGUCUUAUGCAAUGCUUGGUUCAUUCAUAGGUGGCUCACUCUUCUUCACAAUAACAACUGCACUGUUCUCUUUCCACCUCUUGAGGAGAUGGUAUCCUAAUGGUAAUGUUCUCACUCGUCUCUCAAUUUAUAUGGUCAAGAGUUACUUUGUACGUCUGGUCGUUGCUCUUCUAUCAAUAUCUCUCACUCUAAUGGCACCACUCAUCAACACUGUACCUUGCAAUACCUUCACUAGGAGCUGUGAUGAGGAUGGUGAGUGUUCAUGCAUUUCUUCAUAUGAUGAAUGGAGAGACACCUAUGACAAUCCUAGUCCUGAUAGCAAUGACUGUCUUUAUCCACAGUACAUAUACUACUGCUGCCUAUUGGCUCUCCUCUCAACUGCUGUCUACAUUCGUCUGAACUGGCUUUUCAAAGGCCUCAUAACGCUCAUUGGUCUCAUUGUGUAUCUGUAUAUAAUGCUUGGGCCACAGUCCUGUCUCUAUGAUAAUUAUGAUAAACGUGUAUUGGGCUAUUGUGUGAGUACUUCCUGGUUCUUUGAACUCAAGUACGAGGCGGCCAUUUUGUUGUCCGUAUCGUAUUUUAUUCUCAUUCUUCUCGGGAGACAUAAUGAUCUUGUGUAUAGACGAUCCUUCCUAUGGAAAUUGAAGAGCAAGGAAGAGAAGGAAGAAACGAAGAAGCUUGCUGAGAUCAACACAUUAUUGAUGGAGAACUUACUGCCUAAACACGUUGCAUCUUACUUUCUUAAUGUUGGGCAGGACAAGAAUGAGCUUUAUUCUGAGGAUCACGAUGAGAUAUGUGUCAUGUUUGCGUCUAUUCCGAGCUUUUGGGACUUUUAUAGCGAGUCAUCGAUCAAUGAUGAUGGAAAGGAGUGUCUGAGACUGCUCAACGAAAUAAUAUCAGAUUUUGAUGAAGUAUUGAAUAAGCCAAAGUUUAGCAGCGUUGAAAAGAUAAAGACAAUAGGUUCUACUUACAUGGCAGCCACUGGACUCAAUCAAAGAAAAGUUGACACUAAUAAUAAGACCAGUAAGAAUCAUCCUGUGGUUCAUUUGUGUUUGUUUGCUGUUGAACUGAUCAAGAAACUGGACCUCAUCAACAAGCACUCUUUCAAUGACUUUCAACUAAGAAUAGGUAUUAAUCAUGGACCGGUUGUUGCUGGAGUGAUUGGUGCUCACAAGCCACAGUAUGAUAUAUGGGGCAAUACUGUGAAUGUAGCUAGCAGAAUGGACUCCACUGGUAAACCUGGAAGAAUACAAGUCACAGAGCAAACUGGAGCCAUCCUUCGCGAUGCCGGCUUUGAGCUAGAAGAGCGAGGCAAGGUAUUCGUCAAAGGGAAAGGAGAAAUGACAACAUUCUAUGUCAUUGGAACUGACAAAGGAAAAAUUAUAAAAGAUCAACAAUAAUGAUAAUAAUAGUAAUAAUGAUAUAUUCUAAUUGACUACUGAAUCACAUAUUAAGCAUAUGGUUCUCUAUGCUUUUCUCUCCUGAGUUUUAAUCAGCUAUUGCUAAUAAUAGUAUAGUACAUAAUAUUUGUUUAUUAUUGUUAUUAUUGUUAUGUUGUUGUUGUUGUUGUUCAGAUGUACAUGACAAGUUAGUUUUUUCCUUUCUCUCUCUCUCUCUCUUUCUCUUUUUUGUUCUUCUCUCCCUCCCUCCCUUGUACACAUUUAAAAGUUAUAUUCAAGAGUACCAACAAUUAUAAUUUUUUCCUUAUUUUAUUGAAUGCACUCUAAAGCCAUAAUUAUGAUAUUUAUACUUUUGUAAUGUAUUACUU